AUGACGAGAGUGGAACUGAUUGUACAUGGCAACUUUGUGCACUCCAAGUCGUUUGACGAGUUGGAGGUGCUAGAGGCGAGCUACGUGGGCGUGGACAACAAAGGGAGCAUUGUGUUUAUGGCCUCUGCUGAGGAGAUGUCUGGUGUGGAGGCUGCGUUUGGCUUUACUCUUGAUGACUUUGAUGGACGACUGGUGGAUACUCUGGCGGGCAAGGAUCGGGCCGAUGGUACUUUUAUUGUUCCUGGCUACAUCGAUACCCAUGUCCAUGCUCCGCAGUAUGCCUUUGCUGGCCUGGGUCUGGACAUGCCUCUCCUCCAGUGGCUCGAGACGUACACCUAUCCCAUGGAGGCUCGAUUUGCCGACACCGACUUUGCUGCUGUGGUGUACAAGGCCAUGCUCAAGCGCAUGGUGGCUGCAGGCACCACCACGGCUUGCAUGUUUGGCACUCUUCACGCCCCGGCUUCCGUUGAUCUUGCCCGCUACUCGCGCGACGUCGGCCUCCGCGGCCUCGUCGGCAAGGUCUGCAUGGACUCGCACGCACCAGACAACUACAUCGAGCCGAGCGCAGAGGACUCGCUUGCCGCCACCAAGGACUUUGUCCGCGAUGUACUCGCUCUCGACAACGCGCGUGUCCGUCCGGUCAUUACCCCGCGCUUUGCGCCGUCGUGCUCGGCUGAGCUCCUCGCCGGCCUCGGCCAACUCGCCACCGACUUUGGCGGCCUCCACAUCCAGAGCCACAUCUCCGAGUCGCCGGCCGAAAUCGCCUGGGUCCGCGACCUCUUCCCCGACGCUGCCUCGUAUGCCGACGUCUACGCCGCCGCUGGCCUGCUCACCAAGCGGACCGUCAUGGCCCACGGCAUUCACCUCACGCCCGAUGAGAUGUCGCUCUUUGCCCGCGCCCGCACCGGCGUCUCACACUGCCCGGCCUCCAACUUUGGCCUCACCUCGGGCAUCCUCAACGUUCUCGACCUCGUCCAGUACGACAUCGAUGUCGGCCUCGGCACCGACGUCGCCGGCGGCCCGGCCAUUUCCAUCCUCGAUGCCAUGCGCCUCGCCCUCGUCGCCUCCAAGAUCCUCACCAUGCCGCAGCACCAGGCCAACCGCAAGCCCAACUCGGACGCCCUCUCCAUCCAUAACGUCUUCUACAUGGCCACCAUGGGCGGCGCCCGCGUCCUCGACAUGCACCACUCGGUCGGAUCGUUUGCCGUCGGCAAGCAGUUUGACGCCGUCGUCGUUGACGCUCUCGCUCCAGACUCGCCCUUUGACGUCUUUGCCACCGACACCUCGCUCCACGCGCUCUUUGAAAAGUACCUCAUCCUCGGUGACGAUCGCAACCACGCCGCCGUCUACGUCGCCGGCGAGCUCAUCCACACCCGCGAGACCUUCUCCCACUCGGCUGAGUCGUCCACCACCACUACCACAUGGCACAAGUCGCCGCUCUCUCGCCGCUCCCGCCGCUCCCGCCGCUCCUGCGCCCCGCAAGCCUCGACCGCCCUCAUCGCCGCCCGCGCUGCCUCGGUCAUUACUGCUGCCGCCGCCGCCGCCAUCGCCGUCUUUACCACCACCGCCUAG